GCGAGUCGCGCAAACAUAGCGCUUGCGACAGCCAGGUGGGGUCAAAGGGAGAUAAAUCGGGAGGCUGCGUACGCCACCGGGGGACGGAGCUGACAGUCGUAGACGAACGAGCAUCCGCACCACACGCUUCUCCAAACCCAGUUAGAGUACCCCUUUGCGAGAUGUGGGACGACGCAGACGUAGAAGAAGAGACCCCCGCGCCGGCUCCGCCUGCGGAGGAAGAGGCCGCCGCCGCCGCCGAGACUGCUGCGGCUGCCCAGCCCGAGGAGGCCGAGCCCCCUGCGCCCGAGAACACUGUCAUGGGCACCGAACCUAAGAAACUAGUAUUUAAGCACUGGAUCAGGCCCAGAUUCCUCCAAUACAACUACCUGUACGACUACCAGCACAACUACUACAACGACGUGAUCAACUACCUGGACCGGCGGAACAAGGGCCUGCCGGUGGAGCGGCCGCGCGCGCAGACCUGGGGCGAGCGCGUGCUCAGGACCUACCUUUCCAAAGGCUCUAGCUAUAGUCACAAGACUUCCAAAGACACAGCUCUCCUACGCCACAUAUCGACGGGCGCCAGGUUCCAGCGCUACCAUAGCAAGUCCCUCAUCUCGAGGAAGUAUUCCAGACUCGGAUUUAACACCGUCUCCAUCUAGCUUCGCUCUAACACCCUCGCUUGACCUCGCUUACGCGGACCCACUCCGGAGUGCCGGCGUGACCUUUGUGUCGAUGUUACAGGAUCUCGCUGGUGUGAUGCAGCAUCAGCGGCCGCCGCCGCCACCGUACAAACAUAAAGUAACUCUGAUCGGAAGCCGUCCGCAUUCCUAUUUUACUAUCUG